CGCCAUACUGGGGUCACUCGCACCCUUUUUAUUUUAUAGGACUAUGCUUCUCAAGCUGCCCCAUUGGCUUUGCACCCACAAGAUACUCCUCCUCUAGCAGAAUGCUUGCAGGAGAAACAUCGAAUUCUCGGAAAUCACUUUUGAUGCUUUGAUUUUACCAUGAAUCAAUCAAGUUUUAUCACUUUGCAACUCCUAUUUGUGCUCUUCCGAGUCCAAGCACAGAAUACUUUCAUCCAGGGAAAUGAACCUUCACAGGAUGCUGUCUCGAAUUUCCGACCCAGUCUGGCUGUUGUUAUAGGAAUUCUCUUCCUCAUCUUUUCGCUAACUUUUAUCCUCCUUAUCUAUGCAAAGUUCUGCCACAGGGGAGGUCUUGUUCAUGGUGGUUCAGAAAAUGGUCCGGCACUUACUAGAUCAGCAUCUCGAUUCUCUGGGAUCGAUAAGACAGUAAUAGAGUCGCUUCCUUUCUUCAGAUUUACUUCUCUUAAAGGAUCAAGAGAAGGGCUUGAAUGUGCAGUCUGCCUCUCAAAAUUUGAAGAUAUUGAAAUUCUCAGGUUGCUGCCGAAAUGUAAGCAUGCCUUUCACAUUAACUGCGUCGAUCAGUGGCUCGAAAAACAUUCAAGCUGCCCUCUUUGCAGGCGAAAGGUCAAUCCUGAGGACCCGACAAUCUUCACUUAUUCAAAUAGCAUGCGAUACCUGGGGAAUCAAUCAGAGCUUAGAGAAGACUCAAACGUGGAGUUGUUUGUCCAGAGGGAGGAAAAUCGUCAAGGGUCAUCGAGAUUUAGCGUUGGAAGCAGCUUCCGUAAAAGUGGAAAGGUUAGCAAGGAAGAAGAAUUAUGGAUCAAAGAAGAAGUUGAAGGCAGUGAUAACGAUCAAAAGAUCUUCAAUAAGUUCAAGCACAAAAUUAUUGUAUCUGAUGUGGUCUUGAAGAAUAGAUGGAGCAGUGCUAGUUCUUCAGACCUCAUGUUCUUGAAUUCAGAGAUGCUCCAUGAUAUGUCCAGCAACAGGUUCCAUACUCCGGAUUUGGAUGAGGAAUCGACAGCUAAUAGAGGCAUAGAAGAUGAGAAAUUUUUGAAGAUCAAGGAAGAAAUAGAAAUGAAAAGAUUGUUGGAAAGCAAGGUUAGUCCAGUCAACAAAAACUCUCAAAUUUCAAUUCAGGGUCAACCUUCAACAUCAGAUUCAAAAGGGAUUUCAGGUCAGACAUCAAGGAUUAUAAAUUCAACUGACAGAAGAUCGGUAUCUGAGAUCACUGCUUUUUCUAGAUUUAGAAGCUUUGGUCUCAAGAACACCAUUAACAGAGUGUCUUCACAGGACGGAAGUAAUGUACAGGCAGAUAGACAGAGGCAGCUUUGGUUGCCAAUUGCCAGAAGAACAGUUCAGUGGUUUGCCAAUAGAGAAAGAAGGAUUCAACAAACUGAAAACACAAGAAACACUUUAGAUGUAUAAAACAUAAAUCUUUAUUUUCAUCUGCUGUUUUUUACUCUUUACUUUCCACGAUCUUCACAUUUUUCAGGUUCUUGGGAUUUGGUGAGAUUUGCAGAUACUGAAUUUAAAUGUAAGCCAUUGGAAAAAAAGUUUCAUUUGCGCAGUGAAUUUUUCCUUAGGAAUACAUAAAAAUUUCUCUUUAUUUUCAUGAAUUCA